AGGGUUUCGUAAAUCUAUGUUAUAGGUUAAAUAUGGGUGAACAGUGAAAACAGUUGUGCUCGUUUAAUUUAUAUACAAAUUUUUGGAAAACGAUUAAAGAAAGACGUGUGCCGUGUGCGGAAACACGACGAUCGAUACCAAAAUAUGGGUGUACCAGCAUUUUUUCGAUGGUUGAGUCGGAAGUAUCCUUCUAUAAUAGUAGAAUGUAUCGAGCAGAAGCCGAUAACUACGAAUGGUGUACGGGUACCUGUGAAUUCGGUAGAUCCUAAUCCAAACGGAAUAGAAUUUGACAACUUGUAUCUUGACAUGAAUGGUAUCAUACAUCCUUGUACUCAUCCAGAAGAUAAGCCAGCGCCAAAAAAUGAGGAAGAAAUGAUGGAAGCUAUUUUUGAAUGCAUUGAUCGCUUAUUUCGUAUUGUGAGACCAAGAAAGUUACUUUACAUGGCAAUUGAUGGAGUUGCACCCAGAGCAAAAAUGAACCAACAGAGAUCAAGACGAUUUAGAGCUUCAAAAGAAACAAUUGAAAAAGUUAACGAAAUAAAGAGAAUACGUUCUGAAUUAAUUCUCAAAGGGGUGUCCUUGCCCCCAGAAAAACCGAAAGAAGAUCAUUUCGAUAGCAAUUGUAUUACGCCGGGCACGCCAUUUAUGGCAAGAUUAUCAAAGUGUUUGCAUUACUAUAUACACGAUCGUUUAAACAAUGAUCCUGGUUGGAGAAAUAUAAAAGUAAUUUUAAGCGAUGCGAAUGUACCAGGUGAAGGAGAACAUAAAAUAAUGGAUUUUAUACGCAAACAAAGAGCACAACCGGAUCAUGAUCCCAACACACAACACGUUUUAUGUGGUGCCGAUGCUGAUUUAAUUAUGUUAGGACUUGCAACACACGAACCUAAUUUUACUAUUAUUCGUGAAGAAUUUAAGCCAAAUAAGCCGAAACCAUGCGAUAUAUGUGGUCAAUUAGGACAUGAAAUGCAGGACUGUACAGGCGCAGAGGCUAAUCAAGGAGACGAAACAGAUACUUUUGGAUCUGAAUGCCAGUAUAUAUUUGUGCGGUUAAAUGUCCUCAGAGAAUACUUAGAAAGAGAGUUGCAAAUGCCUAAUCUACCAUUUAAAUACGAUUUCGAGCGAGUUAUCGAUGAUUGGGUGUUCAUGUGUUUCUUCGUAGGAAACGAUUUUCUUCCGCAUCUUCCAUCUUUGGAGAUUAGAGAAGGGGCAAUUGAUAGACUCGUUAAUUUGUAUAAAAAAGCUGUAUAUAAAACAGGAGGAUUUUUGACAGAUAGUGGAGAUGUAAAUUUAGACAGAGUUCAACUUAUAAUGUCUGAGCUGGGCGAAGUGGAAGACGAAAUUUUCAAGAGAAGACAACAGAAUGAAUUAGCCUACAAGCAACGUGAAAAAGAUAAAAAGAAACUAUUGCUGGGAAUCAGUAACAAAAAACCAAAGUGGAUUCCUAUGGGACAAUUUGCACCAACUCGUAUUGGCGAACAUGUGAGCCCAGUACAAAAUGCACGUUAUGAAGCUUAUGAGAUGCGCGUUCGUGGUCAAAAUUAUCAUACAAGUGCAAGAAGUUCUCAGAAGAUGUUAGAAAGUAUGAUGCGUCCUGAGAAUUCAACUAAUCAAAUAACGAAACGUAGAAGAGAGCCAGUCGAAGAUGAUUCGGACGACGAUCAAGUACACGAUGAAGUUAGAUUGUGGGAGGAUGGCUUUAAAGAUCGUUAUUACGAAUCGAAAUUCGACGUGUCUCCUGAUAAUUUAGCAUUCAGGAAUAACGUAGCGUUACAGUAUGUGCGCGGUUUAUGUUGGGUUUUACGAUAUUACUAUCAGGGUUGUGCUUCGUGGAAAUGGUAUUUUCCGUAUCAUUACGCACCAUUCGCUAGCGAUUUCAUUAAUAUCGGUGGUCUUUCCACCGAAUUUGAGAAAGGAACUACACCAUUCCGUCCAUUAGAGCAAUUGAUGGGUGUAUUUCCAGCAGCUAGCAGUAAACAUAUCCCUGCGCCGUGGGCAAAAUUAAUGAUCGAUCCAAGGUCGCCGAUUAUCGACUUCUAUCCGGAAGAUUUUAAGAUCGAUUUAAACGGUAAAAAAUUUGCCUGGCAAGGAAUAGCUCUACUUCCUUUUGUGGAUGAGAAACGAUUGUUCAAGGCAUUGGAGCCUUAUUACGAUUGCUUAACAGAAGCGGAAAAGAAACGAAACGUUGAAGGAGACAACCGGCUAUACGUAGGACUUGGCAAUAGUGGUUAUAAUUUUAUAAAGGGACUUUAUACGAAUCACGUACUAUUCGACGCGGAAACUCAAAUAUGCAUAGACAACAUGCGAGGUAUAGUUUUAUUGGCAGACGAUUGCGUCGGAGACGGGGCUACUUUACCUUCACCCAUAAACGGUCUACCAGUCAGGAAUAAUAAAGUAUAUUGUGCCAGAUUCAGAGAUCCAAAAUAUAGUAGUAGUUUCAUUUUCCCUGCGAGGAAGUUGAAGGGUGUCAGAGAACCACCAAGAGUUUUGAAACCUCAAGACUUUGAUCAAAUGAAUCGUAAUACUGGAAACACUUGGAAACCGCAAAUUGGUUUCACUCCUUCCACACAAGUAGCUACAUUGAACGACGCAGGUCGAAGAAUACUUAGACAUUACACGAACCACAAUGGAGUGCCACCACCAUACAAUCCCGUAUCGAUACCACAGUCGCUAUAUCCAGCACAUCACGGUUACCGGAGUACAGACUAUCAAGGAAGAUACGAGAGUGCAGGAUCCAGCCAGUUUGCGAUGAUGCCUGGUCCAUGGGCGAGGGGUUACGGCACGCCCCAUAAUUAUCAACAGUAUUCGGAGUACCAGCAAAGAAAUAAUUACAACGCCCAACAGUACGGGCGAAACAAUUACCACAAUCCACAGUACAACAGUUACGGGUCGCAGUACAAUCAGCAACGGAAUUAUUCUCCUAACUACCAAGGGAAUAACGGAGGAAAUGGGGCAAACAGGGGAGGAGGGUGGGGACGAUCGAUGUAGACUUUUACUUUGUUCACUUACGAUCGAUUAACGUCAUCACAGAUUUGUAAUUUAGGUUUAUAAGGAAUUCACGUUUCGUUGUAAUCGUUUAGAAUCGUGGAAAUAUGCUUAAGACCAGGAAUUUAUUUCAUCGCGGAUAUGCGAUUGCGUUGCUCCUUCUUUGCUAGAUAUCCAUAAAUUUAGGUAUAAACGACGAUACGAUGAAUAUGUAAUACGUCAACUUCAUUCCAGAAUUCGUUUCUAUGAAAAAAAUCAAGGAGGUGGCGAUCACAACGUAGGGUAUUAUCACCUACAUAGCAUUUAUACAAUUAAUAUAAUUUCAUUUUAAUGGCGUGGUAUAUUAGUAAACGCAUAAUAUAAUCUGCGAUGACGAUUAUUAUUUACGAUUUAGAGACAUAAAAACGUAUCAACUGUAAUUUCAUGUGAACUCCAGCGUAAACACAGGAAGAAAAGAAAAAAAGAAAUGUAUAAUAUUAAAUAAUCGCUAAAGAUUGCGCUUCGACUGCGUAACUUUUAAUAGAAGUAGAAGGAGCAAUCUGUAAGCGAGCACAAUCUGUUAACAGAAAUUUCAUUGUACAAUCAAAACUCGAGUAAUUAUAUUAUGUCGAAACGCAGCUCGCGCGAUUGUUGAUAAUCAGCGCAAUUUAGUCCUUUUUUAGUUACGAAAAAAAGUCAUCGAGAUGCGCCGGUGAAUGAAUUAAAUAACUUAACUCGUUAGAGUUAAUUCUAAUAAGGAUUUUAACGUAAAUUUCGACAGAGAUUGUUCAUCGUUGUCGGUACAAGGACUGAAUUACAUAUUUUUUGAAUCAAAGUAGUAUAUAUGUAAUCAGUGAUUAUAAUACAAAAUAUUUGCUGAAACAGCACUGUUCGUUCAUUUUCUUUGGAUCUCGUCCUAACCAAAAUGCCGAGACUAUUUCGACAAACAAAGAGAUAAUAAUAUCGAAGAAAUUGAGAAAUAUUUUUACACGGAAUAGUAUUGUGACGAAUAACUCUGUUCUGAAAAAUUGUAAUUCUAUUCGAUAGAUCUCUUCUUUUUCUCUACACCACAGCUUGCACAGAUUGCACCGCGUACCCGUCGUUCGUACAUAUCGUUGGUAUACAACUAAGCGAAGAAAAUACGCAAAACCUUUUCAUUAUGAUAUCUUGCACAUCACAUGUGGUGACUUAUAUAUUGUAUUUACUUCAACAAAAAAAUAUAUAUGAUUUAGCGUUGAUUGAA